AUUGGCCAACCAACAAACGGCAGAAGCUAUUUUAACACGGUUUAGAAAGGAUACAUCUAGCGAGGAACGUUUUUUUUAUAAAGUGAAAAAAGUGCUUAACCAAAAUGCCCAAAUUAUAUCUGUUCUUCAAUAUAGUGUGUUUAUAUUUGGCAAUAAGGAGUGCUCUUACGGCAGAAAUUCCGGAUUCCAAUGAGCAGAAAAUGUCAUCGUUCAGUGGCGGAGACGAUGACGGUAUCGGAAAACGCGCUGCUGCCAUGUGGUUCGGACCCAGGCUAGGAAAACGAACAAUUCCGCUGGAGCUACACGAUGAAGCGCUGGAACAGAUCGAUAGCAAUCCUCCCUAUUUCGCAGGUGAUUCCUCCUCGUUGCUAGCCUCGGAUAUUGCCCAGGGGUCUCCGUACGUGGUCCUGUUGGUAACCGGUCGAGUCCUCGAUAGGCCCUCGAGGCCGGUCUUCUAUCACGUGACUCCGGACCGGCUAGGGCGCCGGGAUGCAUCGGCAAAUGAGAACCACUCGAGGCCACCGUUUGCACCUCGACUCGGCCGAAAUCUUCCGUUCUCUCCACGCUUGGGACGAUCCUUUGGCGGCUCGUCGGAAAGGUUCGGGUUCUAAGUCGAAUACUGAAAGCCGUCCACCAAUGCGAAAAGUUCCAACACCAUAGCUACCGAACUCCUUAAACCGUGCAGCACGUCGUUUCUAUUGGGAUAUUUUUUUUUUCUUUUGUGUUAUGAAAAAUAUGGCUGGAAUCCGAAUAGAAAUGACAGGCAUGUAGGGUCUGUGUAUAGAAUACUGAAUAUGUUUAUGUAAUACGAAAUAUACACCCGUUUAUAGAUGCUAUUAA